AUGCUGUCCACGAGAGCGGCCCCCAAGACGGCCGUCAAUGUCUCACGGACCGCCGUGAGAGGAUUGGCCACCGUCCAGGAUGGUACCCCCAAGCGUACUUACGGCGGCCUGAAGGAUCAGGAUCGUAUUUUCCAGAAUUUGUACGGACGAUACCCGGCCGACCUCGCGAGCGCAAAGAAGAUGGGCGAUUGGCACAAGACCAAAGAAAUUAUUCUCAAGGGCCAUGAUUGGAUCAUCAACGAGGUCAAGACCUCCGGUCUCCGUGGUCGCGGUGGCGCUGGUUUCCCCUCUGGUCUGAAAUGGUCGUUCAUGAACUUCAAGGACUGGGACAAGGACAACAAACCCCGAUACCUCGUCGUCAACGCCGAUGAGGGUGAACCCGGAACCUGCAAGGACCGCGAGAUUAUGCGCAAGGAUCCUCACAAGCUCAUCGAGGGAUGCCUCGUCGCCGGCCGAGCCAUGAACGCGACUGCUGCCUACAUAUAUAUUCGUGGUGAAUUCAUUUACGAGGCCGAGGUUUUGCAGAAGGCCAUCAACGAAGCAUAUAAGGACGGGCUCAUUGGCAAGAACGCCUGCGGUUCCGGAUACGACUUUGAUGUAUUCAUCCACCGUGGUGCCGGUGCCUACGUCUGCGGCGAGGAGACUUCACUCAUCGAGUCACUCGAGGGCAAGCCUGGCAAGCCUCGUUUGAAGCCCCCGUUCCCUGCCGCUGUCGGUCUCUUUGGUUGCCCCUCCACCGUUGCCAACGUCGAGACAAUCGCCGUCGCUCCCACUAUCUGCCGUCGUGGUGGCAACUGGUUUGCCGGAUUCGGUCGUGAGCGUAACCAGGGCACCAAGCUAUUCUGUAUUUCCGGCCACGUCAACAACCCCGCCACUGUCGAGGAGGAGAUGUCUAUUCCUCUCCGCGAGCUAAUUGAUAAGCAUUGCGGUGGUGUCCGCGGCGGCUGGGAUAAUCUCUUGGCCAUCAUUCCUGGUGGUUCCUCUACUCCCAUUCUCCCCAAGAACAUCUGCGACGACCAAUUGAUGGACUUUGAUGCCCUGAAGGAUAGCCAGUCCGGUCUCGGUACGGCCGCUGUUAUUGUCAUGGACAAGAGCACUGAUGUCGUCCGCGCAAUCAGCCGUCUCAGCCACUUCUACCGCCACGAGUCUUGCGGUCAGUGCACCCCCUGCCGUGAAGGCAGCAAGUGGACCGAGCAGAUCAUGUCGCGAUUCGAAAAAGGCCAGGGCCGCGAGCGCGAGAUUGAUAUGCUUCAAGAGCUGACGAAGCAGGUGGAAGGGCAUACUAUUUGCGCCCUGGGAGAGGCUUUCGCCUGGCCCAUCCAAGGUCUCAUCCGCCACUUCCGCCCGGAGCUGGAGGCGCGUAUGGCCAAGUUUGCCCAGGAGAAUGGUGGUCCGGCGUUCGCUGGCGGUCUGCCACGCUCCGCCCGCGCAGAGGGCAAGCUUCUGUCACCCGGUCAAUAA